AUGGAGAAGGCUGAGACUUGGAUUAUCACUUGCUUUUGUCUUCAACUACUCCUACUUAAUCCUCUUGUCAAAGCCCAGAGUUCCUGCGGGAAUCCAGUGACAGAUGAUGUGAAUGACAUUGCAAAACUGGUCGGAAAUCUCCCAAAUGAUUAUAUGAUAACCCUUAAAUAUGUCCCGAAGAUGGAUAGUCUGCCUAAUCACUGUUGGUUGCAUUUGAUGGUGCCUGAAUUUUCAAGGAGUCUACAUAAUCUUCUCCAGAAGUUUUCAGAUAUUUCGGAUAUGUCCGAUGUUUUAAGCAACUAUUCAAUCAUCAAUAAUCUCACAAGGAUAAUUAAUGACCUUAUGGCAUGUCUAGCUUUUGAUAAAAAUAAGGAUUUUGUAAAAGAAAAUGGUCACCUUUAUGAAGAAGGUCGCUUUGUUCCUGAGGACUUUUUUAGGCACUUUAAUAGUACCAUUGAGGUCUACAAGGAGUUUGCAGACACGUUGGAUAAGAAUGAUUGCAUUCUGCCUUCGACAGUAGAAACACCAGAGAAUGAUUCCAGAGUCGCUGUCACAAAAACAUUUUUGUUUCCUCCUGUUGCUGCCAGCUCCCUUAGGAAUGACAGCAUUGGCAGUAACACUAGCAGUAACAAAGAGGCACUUGGCUUCAUUAGCAGCUCCAGCCUGCAAGGGAUCAGCAUAGCACUGACAUCAUUGCUGUCUCUUUUUAUUGGCUUUGUUUUGGGAGCCAUAUACUGGAAGAAAACACAUCCCAAAUCUAGACCAGAAAGUGAUGAAACUACACAGUGUCAUGACUGUCAAGAGGAAAAUGAGAUAAGUAUGUUGCAGCAAAAAGAAAAGGAACAUCUACAAGUGUAG